CGCCAACCUAAACAAUUACUUGUCAACUAUGAAUUGUUUAUCGGUUAUUGGUUAAGACAUCACAUGCAUGCUUCAUGCUUCAUGACUGGUUCCAAUGGCUGUCCCUAUCUUCCUAGAAGUUUCUUUAAACAAACACUGCAUUAAUUAAUUUAAUACUUUAUAUCUUUUUUCUUUCAUUGGUGCCUGUUGACCAGCUAUUUGAAGAGUUUUGCUUGCAUUGUAUCCAUACUCAUCUUUUGCUCCAGAGCUCAUCCUAGCAAACUCAAUCUCUGAUAUUCUUCCCUUUUCAACUUUUCAAUUUCUGAAAAUGACUGAGGCCUUACUUGGUGUUGUGUUUGAGAAUUUGCUCUCUCUCGUUCAGAAUGAAUUUGCAACCAUUUCAGGAAUCAAAGGAAAAGCUGAAAAGCUAUCACACGAUUUAGAUCUGAUCAAGGGAGUUCUUGAAGAUGCUGAGAAGAAACAAUUAACAGAUAGAGCUGUCAUGGUUUGGCUGCAGCAACUCAAAGAUGCUGUCUACGUGCUUGAUGAUAUUCUUGAUGAAUGUUCCAUAGAAUCCCUUCGACUUGGGGGAUUGUCCUCUUUCAAACCAAAGAGCAUCAUUUUUCGCCGUGAGAUUGGCAACAGGCUGAAAGAUAUUACAAGGAGGUUUGAAGAGAUUGCUGAAAGGAAGAAGAACUUUAUCCUGCGAGAUGUUGAUAGGGAAAGGCAAGCUGAAGUGGCUGAGUGGCGCGAAACCAGCUCAAUCAUUCCCCAACCAAAAGUAUAUGGACGACAAGAUGAUAAGGAGAAGAUUGUGGAGUUUCUUCUCAGCCAAGCUCCGGGUUCUGACUUCCUUUCCAUAUAUCCGAUCGUUGGCUUGGGUGGAAUAGGAAAAACAACACUUGCUCAGAUGGUCUACAAUGAUGAAAGGGUAACAAGCAGUUUUAACACAAAAAUUUGGAUUUGUGUUUCUGAGAAUUUCUCUGUCAAAAGGAUUUUGUGUUCCAUUAUAGAAUCUAUUACAAAGGAAAAGGUUGAUGCCUUGAACUUAAAUGUAAUAGAAGGAAAAGUCCAAGAAUUGUUGCAAAGUAACAGAUAUUUGCUGAUUUUAGAUGAUGUGUGGAAACAAAAUCAAGAAUUGAAGUUCGGAUUAAGCCAAGACAAAUGGAACAAGUUAAAAUCUGUAUUGUCAUGUGGAUACAAUGGUGCUUCCAUUUUAGUAUCCACUCGUGAUAUGGAUGUUGCAGAACUCAUGGGAACAUGCCAAGCUCAUCAUUUGGGCGGUCUCUCUGAGGAUGAAUGCUUGUUGUUAUUCAAGCAAUAUGCAUUUGGAGCUAACAAAGAAGAACGUGCAGAGCUUGUAGCUAUAGGCAAGGAGAUAGUAAAGAAGUGUGGGGGGUCACCUCUUGCAGCACAAGUAUUAGGAGGUCUGUUGCACUCAAGGAGUGAGAAAAUUGAAUGGCUUGAGGUCAAAGAAAGUAGACUUUGGAAUUUAUAUGGUGAAAAUUCUAUUUUUCCUGCCUUGAGGUUGAGCUUCUUUUAUUUAACACCAACUUUAAAGCGAUGUUUUUCUUUCUGUGCAAUAUUUCCUAAAGAUAUGGAAAUUGAAAAGGAAGAUCUGAUCCAUCUUUGGAUAGCCAAUGGGUUUAUCUCAUCAAGGGAAAACAUGGAAGCAGAAGAUGUUGGUAAUAUGAUUUGGAAUGAAUUGUACCAAAAAUCAUUCUUCCAAGAUAUAGAGUUGGAUGAUAAUUCAAGUGUCAUUUGUUUCAAGAUGCAUGAUCUUGUUCAUGAUCUUGCUCAAUCAGUAAUGGGACAAGAGUGUGUGAUAUUGGAGAAUGCAAACCUGACAAAUUUGUCAACAAGCACACACCAUGUUGUUUUUUUGUCUAGUGAAGAUGGAUUAUCAUUCAAGGGAACCUUCGAGAGAGUUGAAUCCUUGCGAACAUUAUAUGAGUUGGUACUCGGCCUCACAAAAAUUUAUGGUAACCUUCCAAUACAUCGCUCUCUUCGAGUAUUACGCACAAGUUCUUUCAAUUUAUCAUCACUGGGGAGUUUAAUUCAUUUGAGGUACUUGGGGCUUUAUAACCUUCAAAUAAAAACAUUGCCCAAGUCAAUUUAUAGCUUGCGAAAAUUGGAAAUCUUGAAAUUGCAAUUUUUGGCCAACCUAAUCUCUCUACCAAAACACUUGACUCGCUUACAGAAUUUGAGACAUCUUGUCAUUGAAGGUUGUGAUUCAUUGUCUUGUAUGUUCCCUAACAUAGGAAAAUUGUCCUGCCUGAGAACAUUAAGCAUAUACAUUGUCAGUUCAAAGAUUGGGCAUAGCUUGGCAGAAUUACAUAAUUUAAAACUCGGAGGACAUCUGCACAUCAAAGGCCUUGAAAAUGUUGGCAGUUUAUCUGAAGCCCAAGAGGCCAAUUUGAAGGCUAAAAGAGAUCUUCACGAAUUAUUCUUGUCAUGGGGUAGCAGUGAGGAAACCAAGUCACAUGCUACUAACCCUGAUCAAGUACUUGAAACGCUUCAACCUCACUCAAAUCUCAAGAAAUUGAGAAUAUAUGGCUAUGCAGGAUUAAAAUCCCCAAGUUGGAUUGGAAUGCUCAGCAGUUUAGUUGAUCUUCAACUUCAUCAUUGCAAUGAGUGCAUCCAACUUCCAUCCCUUGGUAAAUUGCCAUCUUUAAGAAAACUUAGAUUAUGGCAUUUGAAUAAUAUACAGUGCUUGAAUGAUGAUGAAUGUAACGAUGGUGUGGAGGGGAGAGCUUUCCCAUCUUUGGAGGAACUCUCAUUAGAUGAGUUGCCAAAGUUAGAGAUGUUGUUGAAAACGAAAAGAGGAGAAAUGUUCCCCAGUCUUUCCCAUUUGUACAUUAACAGUUGUCCUAAACUUGAGUUGACAUGCAUUCCAUCACUUCAAAGUCUUGAGUUAGUGGGUUAUACCAAUGAGUUACUGAGAUCCGUCUCUAGUUUCACUAAUCUUACCUCCCUUAAACUUUGUUUGGGCAAAGAAGGCCUGCUAUCAUUCCCAGUGGGAACAUUGACUUGUCUUCGAACUUUGAAGAUAUUUUAUUUCAGGAGAUUGACGGAAUUACCAGAUGAAUUCUUCAAUAACCUCAAUACUUUGGAGCAUCUGGAAAUCAGUAGUUGUUUUGAGUUGGAGUGUUUACCGGAACAAGGCUGGGAAGGUCUUCACUCCCUUCGAACUCUGGAGUUUGAUGACUGCAGACAAUUGAGAUCCUUGCCGGAUGGCGUUCGACACCUCACUUCACUUGAGUGUCUGACUAUUACGGGAUGCCCAACAUUAGAGGAGCAGUGUAAGGAGGGAACCGGAAAGGAUUGGGACAAAAUACAACAUGUUCCACGAGUGAUAAUUGAAUGAUGAAGAUGCAGAAGAGAUAUAUAUGCCACUCUCGGCCCGGGUUUUGACUCUUCAAUAGGUCAGUGUUGAGUUGAGAUACCUCUCGCAUUUGGAUCAGUGUGAAUUUUGUAAAUUGUGAUUACAUCUAAGUUUUUGCUUCAACCACAUGAUUAUAAAAUGAAUGUUGUUGAACUAUUUGUAAAAUUUCGUUUCCUUGUUUCCAAUUUUCCCUUGCUUGGUCAGUACAAUAUUGUCACGUGAAUAAGAUGAAUGUUGUAGAUGGUCUAUAUUGGGCAGUAAUACGUAGUGAGAGUAUCUUGUACGUGUUUGCAUUCUUGUGAGUGAGCAUUUCAUCCACUUCAGUGGUUGCCUUGACUUAAGUAUGCAUUCAAAACAGUAUAUAUGUUGCCAAUGAAUUAAGAGCUUUUUUUUAUUACUUUGAGAUUGUGUUUGUUUAAGAGAAGGGUUGAAAUGCCUCAAACAAACAAAGGCUAAGGAAUUUUAUCCCUAAUUUUUUUAGGCUUAAUACAUCAGAAGGCCCCUGGAAUUGUAAAGGGAAUCAAAUCCAGGGCCUAGAAAAAUUUUGCAUCAAAUUGGGUCCCUCGAAAUUUUUUUUUAAUUCAAUUAAGUACAAAGUGUGCCAGCCUUCAAUUUUAUCCCAGUCAUCAAUUCCACGUGGCAUUUAUUAUUAUUUUUUAAUUAAAAAAACAAAAAAAAUAAUUUUUAAUUCCAACUCAAUUAUUAAGUCAGAAAAAAAAUUUACAAAAAUUAAUAAAAACCUAAUCUAAUAAUCCCUAACCUAAAUAAAAACCUAAUCUAAAACACAAAAACUAAAUCUAUUCACCAUUAUCUUUAUCAUUCUCUCAUCAUCUUCAUCCUCUUACAACAACAAAAAUCCAAAAUAACAAAUAUCAUCAUCUUCAUCACACAAGGAUGGUUCACGCAAAUUACAUCAUCAUCUUCAACCGAUGCACCACCGCGCUCCUCCUUCGUUUCCGAGCUCCACGCCGCUGCUGCGUUUCUCUGCUUCAAAGCCUCCAUCCCAGAAUCUUCUUCCUCUCUCAGAGCUUCAAUCUGGGUUUUUUUUCCUCAGUAGCAUUACAGGGUAGGGGAAAGGGACACAAGGGGUUUUGGGUCAGAAACCAGAGUUACGAACAAAGUGGCUCUGUUCCACUAGAUGCAGAAACACAAGACCCAAAACCUGCACCAGGCCCAGCAAAAUUGAACAUGAGAAAAUCCAGCAGCUGCUACCACCAACAUGACCUAAUCCCCCGCCGCCAUCUCCUUCCCUCAACCCUGGUCCCUAACCAUACCCAUGUCAGAUCCGUCACACACCACCAUCUCCUUCCCUCAACAAAUCCGCCGCCGCCUCCAUCUCCUCUCUUUC